AUGGCAGCCGCAGCGGACACCGCAAAGCCCAAAACCUCUCCCAAAGCAAUAAAGUUCCUCUUUGGUGGCCUUGCCGGGAUGGGGGCGACUGUGUUUGUGCAGCCGCUGGACCUGGUGAAGAACCGCAUGCAGCUGAGCGGCCAAGGCUCAAAGGCCCGGGAGUACAAGACCAGCCUGCAUGCCGUGGCCAGCAUCCUGCGCAACGAGGGCAUCGGAGGCAUCUACACGGGUCUGUCAGCGGGGCUACUGAGGCAGGCCACCUACACCACCACACGCCUGGGGAUCUACACUGUGCUGUUUGAGCGCAUGACCAAGGCGGACGGGACACCCCCCAACUUCUUCCUGAAGGCGCUAAUCGGCAUGACCGCUGGGGCCACAGGCGCCUUCGUGGGGACCCCUGCCGAGGUGGCCCUCAUCCGCAUGACCUCGGAUGGCCGCCUGCCCCCAGACCAGAGGAGGGGGUACACCAAUGUCUUCAACGCCCUCGUUAGGAUCACGCGCGAGGAGGGAGUGACCACACUGUGGAGGGGCUGCAUACCCACCAUGGCGAGGGCUGUGGUGGUGAACGCUGCUCAGCUGGCCUCCUACUCCCAGUCCAAACAAGCUCUGCUAGAGACAGGGUAUUUCAGAGAUGACAUCCUGUGCCACUUCUGCGCUAGCAUGAUCAGUGGCUUGGUCACCACCGCCGCCUCCAUGCCCGUGGACAUUGUCAAAACCAGGAUCCAGAACAUGAGAAUGAUCGAUGGCAAGCCAGAGUACAAGAACGGAUUGGAAGUGCUGGUUAAGGUGGUGCGGAACGAGGGGUUCUUCAGCCUGUGGAAGGGCUUCACCCCAUACUACGCCCGGCUGGGCCCCCACACGGUCCUCACCUUCAUCUUCCUGGAGCAGAUGAACAAGUUCUACAAGACCUACUUCCUGGACUCAUAGAUGCGCAGAGUGCAUGAAGCUCAGCGCGGACCAGCCGAGACCUGCAUGGACUGAAGCUGGGCUUCCCUCAGGUCCACACACUGAGCAAGAAGCUUACUCACACACUCUCACACAGGUACUCAUAGACACACACACACACACACACACAGACACACGUUUA